AUGGCGUCAGUAAUUCUAAGUUUCCCAACUCUGCACGGGUUAAGGAUUUUCACACAAAAACUAUUAUGGACCAAAAGAGGAGUGAGACUUGUUUCUGGAGGGGUGGCAAAGAUAGAGAAGGUGCUGAUAGCCAAUCGAGGGGAGAUUGCAUGUCGAGUGAUGCGUACAGCAAAGAAGAUGGGUGUCCGCUCUGUAGCUGUAUACAGUGAUGCCGAUAGACACUCUAUGCAUGUUGCCAUGGCAGACGAAGCCUAUCACAUUGGACCUCCUCCCUCCCAGCAAAGUUACCUCAACAUGGAGAAGGUUUUAGAGGUGGCUAAGAAGUCUGGUUCACAUGCAGUCCACCCUGGAUAUGGCUUUCUUUCCGAAAACACAGAAUUUGCAGAAGCUUGUAAACAGAACGGCAUCAUCUUCAUUGGGCCGCCAUCCUCGGCCAUCCGAGACAUGGGCAUUAAGAGCACAUCCAAACACAUUAUGUCGGCUGCAGGAGUGCCAAUAAUUGGAGGAUACCAUGGCGAUGAUCAGUCCAACGAGAGACUGCAAGCAGAGGCUGAAAAAAUUGGCUACCCUGUGAUGAUCAAGGCGGUCCGUGGAGGGGGUGGCAAGGGUAUGCGCAUUGCACGGUCCAACUCAGACUUCUUGGAGCAGCUGGAGUCUGCAAGACGAGAAGCCAUCAAAUCAUUCAACGAUGAUGUUAUGCUGAUUGAGAAGUUUGUGGAGGAUCCCAGACAUGUUGAGGUUCAGGUGUUUGGCGAUAUGCACGGGAAUGCUGUCUACCUGUUUGAGAGGGACUGCAGCGUGCAGAGGAGACAUCAGAAGAUUAUUGAGGAAGCACCUGGACCUGGCAUCAGCGCUGAGGUUCGAAGGAAACUUGGAGAAGCAGCUGUGAGAGCAGCAAAGGCUGUCAACUAUGUAGGAGCAGGUACAGUUGAGUUCAUCAUGGAUUCCCAGCAUAACUUCUACUUCAUGGAGAUGAACACUAGGCUCCAGGUGGAGCAUCCCGUCUCUGAGAUGAUCACUGACACAGACCUGGUGGAAUGGCAGCUCAGGGUGGCAGCAGGGGAGCGCCUACCUCUCCUUCAAGAUGACAUUAUGCUAAGAGGUCAUUCCUUUGAGGCCCGAAUUUAUGCAGAAGAUCCAAACAAUGACUUCCUCCCAGGGGCGGGGCCGCUUCUACAUCUCUCCACCCCUCCCCCUGACCAGCACACCCGGAUAGAGACCGGUGUCAGAGAAGGAGAUGAGGUGUCUGCACAUUAUGAUCCGAUGAUUGCAAAGCUUGUGGUUUGGGGGGAGGACCGCAGUGCCGCCUUAAAGAAGCUGCGCUACUGCUUACGGCAAUACAAUAUUGUGGGUCUGAGCACCAACAUCGACUUCCUACUGAAUCUGUCGGGCCACCCGCAGUUUGAAGAAGGUAACGUGAGCACCAGCUUCAUCCCUCAACACUACACAGAUCUCUUCCCUACACCGGAAGCUCCCUCUGGGAUGAGUGUCUGUCAGGCGACCCUGGGUCUGCUGCUUCAAGAGCGCAAACACACAAAGGCCUUUACGGGCAGCUCUGCAGAUCCUUUCUCGCCAUUUGGCUCGAGCAGUGGCUGGAGGCUGAGCACGCACUUUUGCCGCAGCAUGACGCUGCAACUGGGAGACAACAAGGUCGAUGUGGUUAUCACAUACAACAAAGAUGGAAGCUACACAAUGCAGCUUGGCGACGAUACGUUUCACGUGACGGGAGAGCUGGAGACUGACGGUGGCGCUUCGUUUCUGCGUUGUUCUGUCAACGGCGUCAAGUCUCGACCCAAACUGGUCAUCGUGGAAGACACUGUUCACCUGUUCUCUACGGAGGGGAGGGCUGACAUGUCCGUUCCAGUUCCAAAGUAUCUGGCUGCUGUGAGCGGUUCCGGCACGCAGGGCGGCGCCGUGGCCCCCAUGACUGGGACUAUUGAGAAGGUGCUGGUGAAGGCAGGUGACGUUGUGAACCUUGGAGACCCGCUGAUGGUCAUGAUUGCCAUGAAGAUGGAGCACACCAUUCGGGCACCCAAGUCAGGCGUCAUUAAAAAGGUCUUCUUCAGCGAGGGCGCUCAGGCCAAUCGACACGCUCCUUUGGUGGAACUGGAAGAAGAGGGCGGGGCUGACGAGGAGACUGCGUAG